UAUGCCUUGCUUGGAGUAAGUUAGUGUGAAAGAAGCAGCAAGGAAAGGCUGCAGAAACACGCUACGCUCGUCCAUCUAUUCCAAGGGCAGAAAAUAAUCCUCUAAUAACUUGGAACAACAAUUGGUCCCCGAUACAUACAUAUGUUCGACGUACAGCGACUCCAACUCCAAGCCCGGUUCGAUUCGGUCAGAUCAGUGCUGCUCAAGAAUGUCGAUGGAGUCGAAACCUCGUACGUGUCCAUGGCUGAUGGUGCUGCUACUCCUGGGCACGGCCAUGCCGCUACCACCGGCAGCGGGCGGCUCUUGCCGCGAGGCACAGCUGUGCUGCAACGGACGCGACUCCUCAUGCGUGGUCCAGAAGGCCCCCGUCAACGCCAUCAUUGAGGACCUGAGCGAUAAACCCUGCUACUGCGAUCACGCCUGCCUUAAGUUGGGCGACUGCUGCGAUGACUUCAAGGACCACUGUGGGGUUUUGGACUGCCAAGCUAGUGAUUGGGGCGCCUGGAGCGAGUGCGACAAGAGCUGCGGCAACGGGCUGAUGACGCGCAGCCGCCAGAUACUGCAGGUGGCUCAGAACGGCGGCAAGCAUUGCCCGACGCUAUUCCAGACGCGUGGCUGCCAGGGCUUCCGAUGUCAUGGACACCGCGAGAAGAAGAUUUUGCGUGAAAUGGCCCUGCUCCUGCCCGCUGCGCUCUCACACAAUGUCAACAGCAGCGCCAUCCGGCGCAACCGACGAUCAGGCUACCGUGACUCCUACAGCCAGAAAUGGGAUCAUGAGUACUGCGUGGAGUUCGAGGUUUUAAAGGCCUCCAAAGCCUGCCACAAGCUGCCGCCCUACAACCUAAUGCUGGAGGGUGAUCGCAUUAUAGUGCGCUGCGAUCUCGAGGCCCUCAUCCAGGACGGUGCAGGGAGCUCCAGCACUACUGUAGCCAGGUCUGUGACCCCCACUGCUGCAGCCACGACCACUGGGACCUACAAAGAGGAGGAAGAACGCAGCGUCGGCUCCGAUGCGGGGGAGGGAGUGGAAAACAGCAGCAACAGCAACAACUACAGCAACAGCAAUGACGACGACGACGAGGACAACAACAACGAGGAGGGUGAAGUGGAGGAUGAAGAUGUCCAAAAUAUGCUCGACACAGGCAGCAAUGAAAACUACGAGAGCCGGCACCAGCGCCAGUCGCAGAUCCUAUCGCACCGCGACCGCCCGUGGAGUAGCACCAAGAGAAGCGCCAUGUCGGCUACGCUCCCUCCGGCGCCCACGCCGAGCUUCCACUGCCGUGGCGAGGGGCUCUCUGGCCGCACGAUGCGCUGGAGCGCACUGCCGGCGCCGUCGUGUCGCGGCAAGUGGCUCCGCCUCACCGUCGGGCCUCCCAAGAAGUGCAACUACGCGCAGUUCAUUUUCGUCUAAUCGCUCCCGUCUAACAUACAUUUUUGUAUCGACCGCAUCGUCGCAUAUGUAGCGAGUGUAUGUAGGUUAUGAUCUAAGGCUGCGGCAAAAGGAAACCCAAAGGAAAAAGCAAAACGUGCGGCUAAACAGGUGUUAAGGGACGGCCCCGAUCUCGCAUCAUAUCAAAUCGGUCCACAGCUGACCACGACCACGACCACGACCACGCAGUCCCCACACAUCAGUCCCCAGUCCCCAGUCGCAAACCUCUAGAGCCCUAAGCCGAUCCCAAUAAAUUUCAGCACUGAAUUUCAGUACUCCAUUGUAUGUAAGAGUUUAAGCCUUAAGUCAGUGUAUUAAGAGGAAUAGUUGUAUCGUGAGGAAUGUUUUUUUGUGCCCACACCGAGUUGAAAUAAGUCAGUGGACUUACAUAUAUAUACAUACACUGAGAAACCCCCUCGUUAGUUACUCGUAGCCGGCAUUGUCAGCUUUCAGUUCGGAGCCUUUCACAGGACCGAAUGGGUUCCAGAGUGCACCCUUCUUGACCCUUCUUGUUUUGUGUGAUUGGAAAUAUAGAUACGAUACAUAUGUACACAAGUACAACAUGCAUACAUAUGUACAUAUGUAGGUAGCUGCAUGUAAAAUGCAACAUUCCUUUAGCACCAAGUAGUUGACGGGGGAACUCUCAAGUAAGAAUUGACACGACGAGUGU